AUGAGUGUUACAGACGAUGCGGCUUUGAGGAAUUCAUUGAAGCUUGGUGCGGGCCCAGGCUUCACCACCAACGCACCUUACACGCUAAGCGUGUCCGAACUCCGUACUGCGAUGCAACAGCAUCUUCGAAAAAAUGGCACCCUAAAAACGCUCAAAACUCAUGUCCGGGGCAUGAUGCUCACGGAACUUAUGCAUCAACAAAAGCGUUUUCAGACGAUAGCUGCACAGCGGCGUGCACCAUCUGACAAAGACGGAGUGAUAUCCCCUGAGGCCUUUGAACAGCUUCGCAUAAAUGGAAAAUGCGAUGGUAUCCUUGGAGAACCCUCACAGCUAACAGAUCACUCGCUUCCUUCCUCCUCUUCGCCUUUUGCUACCUGGUCGAGUUGCUUAGCUGAUACAUUGAUCGAGGAACACUUGCGUGCCACCCGCCGUAAUAUGACUUUGUCGAUUUUCUCAACCGAAGUUGAGGUGCCGCCUCUAAGCAACAUCGGGGCGCCGUCCGAUGAACGAGAACGUCUUGAGCAACUUUUGUUCAUACCGAACUCUUCCACAAAAAAUAAUCAAGUAAACCCUCUAGAGGAUCAUGACCCCCCACGCGUUAGUGUGCUGCAGCGGUUGGUAAUGCAACGCCUCAUGAAGGUCGAUACCCAACACUUGACUCACCGCAAUGAACGCGGCAUACAAACUGAUGACGGUUUGGUAGUCCCCGCCGCGAGUGAAACCUUCGCCUCGUUGGAGUGUCGCCUGGCCGCGGUCGACGCCAAAUACGCAUUGACCUUUUCUCGGCUAGGUCAUAGCAACGAUCCGGUUUUUUUUACCCGAGCCGAGGUUGAACGCCGCUUGAACUCAUACAAGAGUGAUAUUCAUGAGCAGUUGAGGAGGGAAUACCAGCAGAAACACAAGCUCUUUGAAGAAAAUAAACUGCAGGAAGUUAAGGAUUCACUUGAAGCACGAUACCGGCUCAUGAUACAGAACAAAAAUGAGGAGCUCCGGGAGAUAGAGCGAACCCUUUUGGUCAAAUAUGAGCAGGAGCAGCAACGUCUUCAGCAUUCUCGUGAGGAUGUCGAACGGCAGCGCUUGGAACUUGAACGACGCCAGAAAGAAAUGCGUACCGUCGUCAACGAUUACGAAGCGCAACUGACUGAGCAGGAAGCGAUCCAGAAUGACCUGCGCGAUAAACUACGCGUGGCGCAACUGCAAUCAGCGAGAUGGGAAGAGCUUAGUGGGUCGCGGUUGAUGGAAACAGAAGCCGUUCGGAGCCGAGAGCUGCGCCGCGUCGAUGACAUACGCCGCAUGCAAGCCGAUCAUGCGGCUGAACUGCGAUUGAAAAACGAAGAGAUUUCACGCCUGCGGUUUCGUAUGCGCGUCUUAGUGAAUCAUGCCAGCGAUCGUGGCACCAAAAGCGGUGCCAAAGCAGACGAUAAGGCGCCCGAAGUCGUCCAAGAUGAUCUUUACGGUAUGUUAGUGCGGACCGAAGAGCUUCAGCGGAAUGCCUUGCAGCAGCAGCAAAUAUGGAUUGAACAGGCCUCCCGAGAGCAACAGCGAAACCAAGAGCAUUGGGGAGGCGCCACGGCCUGGGAGGCCCCUGCACAGGUAACUGUCACCUCCCCAACGCCCCCGCCGGCUGCGGCUAUUCAAUCAGUCUGUGAAACAUGGGAAGCUCCUGCCGCCACCGUCUCUCCGCACACCGCAGUAGAUGUGAUUUCCGAGGAAAAAGCGACGGAACCCGCGGCCAAGGUGCCGCCAGCAACACAACCCCCACAAAAGACUGAUCCUUCACAUGAAUCGGCAUUGGUGGUGCGCAAGUCCCCUGAUGACAACACGUCUCAAUCAUCCCACAUCACCCCCGCUUCUGAAAAGCCUGCGAAGAACUUGUCUUCUACAUCGUCAUCAGAUGAAGCAUCUCAAAAAGGAAAGAAAAAAAAUACUGUGAAUAAACCCCUAGUUCUCUGGAAAACUUCCACUGGGAGCUCGUCUGUUUCAUUGAUCUCAUCGGAUUCUUCUUCGGAUACUUCUAAAUCGUCAGAAAGAACUAAGAAUGAAUCGAAAAAAUCCGAUGCAUCAAAUACGUUGCGCGAUGUCGCUACUAAAGAGGCCAUCAGUAAGGCUGCUGCUCUUGAACAAAUCCUCAAGGAAGAAGAAGCUUCUCGAAGAGAGAUCCAAAGUGAUGAAGACAACGCGCACAAAGGCGUUGUUUGGGCAGAGAGCUCACAGAGAAAAGUGGUCAAGGCUCAGCUGACGGAAAAACUAGAUGAUGAUAAUAUGAAUCAUGGUGGUGAAUCACGUGGUAAUGAUUUUUCCAUUAGCCGAUUCGUAACUCCGCAGCAACAAUAUGAGGAUACAAACAUCAUUUUUGGAGACUCCGAUGACGACGAGGAUCUUGACUUAUUCAACAAGGAUUCUACAAGUUCAUCGUUUUGA